CCACGCUUUCACCUUUACUCUAAAAAUUUCCCGCGACAAGAAAAACGACUGACGACGCUUUAAGGCACUUGUCCUACAGACAGUGCUGACUUAGCUUCGAACGAAUGAACUUGUAUACUCACGGUGCUAUUCCUGUUGUUUUAUCAUCCAAUACGCGAACAGUCAGUCCUUUUCUUGUCCGCAUAUUAGUGUAAUAUAAACUUUAUCUAGAUUCAGUAUAAAUUAACUCUUUUGUGUAUCAAUUAAUUUUCUCGCGUGUCAUUAAGAGUUGAAACAGGUAAAAGAGGAAAUCCCGUAUUUAUAUCGUUUCAAACUUCCCGGUCCGUUAUGUUCCAGGAGAUCAGAUAACAUAAAUUCGAUCGACCUGCCAUCUGCACACGUUACAUUGCGUUGCAAAUCGUCUGCACCAGUCUGCACGAAAGAUAACAAUUGUUAUUGCAACAAUCGUGUAAUAUACCGUAAUAAUGAAGCUAAUUUAAAUACGAAUAAUUGAAUAUUAAUAUAGAUGUAUUAAGAGAUAUACACAGCUGAUUGCGUAAAAAAACUUUUUUUUAUGAAAAUCAUGAAAUAUUUUACAGAACAAAAAUGUAGUCAAUGUUUAAUUAGUAUUUCUAGUUUCUCAAUUCAAUAUGGCGACACCCGGUGUAGCGUGCAAUGAAAUACAUGAAUAAAAAUAGUGUAAAAUACUAAAAUUACGAGUAUUUCAUGGUAUUCCAAUUAAAGACAAGCAAUUAAACUAUUAUAUUUGAAAGUAAGCAGUUAUAUUACCACAUUGCAUACAUUAUUACAGUGUGCAUUGAGGUAAUUUUGGAAAUCAGGUACUGAAAUAGAAUGAAAUAUUACAUAAAAUAACAGUAAGAAGCAUUAUUACAACAAUGUAUCAUCCGGUGGCAUGUAAUUCCUCUCAACAUAUCACUAAACAGCACUCUAUGUUUUUGUUACAAAUAUUAAAAGUAGCUAUUAAAACCAAGUCCAUCGCUAACAUGUCUUCUAUAAUCAGAAGACCAACAUCUAUAUUGCAAGUAUGUUCAGUGAUAGACCAAAAUUUUAUUAGAAAAGAUAUUAGAACUAUGUCACCGAUAAUAGUACAUAAUUUCAUUCAUACGACAGUACCUUCUUUUAAAAAGGAUGAGAAAGAUGAGUCAGAGACAGAUAAUGAAACAAAGAAAGGAGAAUCAAAGAAGAACAACGAAACCCAAAAAGGUGCAAAAUCACAAAGUGCUUUAGUGAUGUAUAUGUUUGAAAAUGUUAAAAAGAAGGAGAAGGAGACUUAUUUGGAAACCAUUAGGAUGUAUAUAAGCCGUGAUAUAUACAGGAGAGGUCACGUUGAAUUUAUUUAUUCAGCUAUGAAAUAUAUGGAGGAAUUUGGUGUCCAUAGAGAUUUGGAAGCCUACAAAAAGCUCAUAGACGUUCUACCUAAAGGAAAAUUUAUUCCUACAAAUGUAUUUCAAGUAGAAUUCUUACAUUAUCCCAAGCAGCAACAAUGUGCAGUUGACUUGUUGGAACAAAUGGAAGAUAAUUCAGUUAUUCCAGAUAGAGAAAUGGAAACAAUGCUUAUAAAUAUAUUCGGUAAAAGUGCUAUACCACUAAGAAAAUACUGGAGAAUGAUGUAUUGGAUGCCCAGGUUUAAAAACCUAAAUCCCUACAAGUUUUCAGAAGAGAUUUUUAGUAACGCAAUAGAACUCGCCAAGCAAGCUAUAAAAAAAAUAUCUGAAGUAGAUCCUGAGAGAGAAAUCAUAGUCUAUGAAACAGAAAAAGUACCAGAUUCUGUAGAUAAAACAUGGAUCGUAUCAAGCAUAAGUCCAACACAAAAGGAACUUCUGAAGAAGCAUCCUGUAAAUACUGCAGUUUACGUAGAAGGACCUUUUAAAGUCUGGAUGCGUAAUGUAACAGUGGAUUAUUUUAUUCUAAGAGCAGAUCCUGUGCCAAAGACCGACAAACCAAUAUCUGAAUAUGAUGCCGAUGAUGUAACCAACAUCAAAAUACCAUUUUGGGAGGAGCCUAAAGUCCCAGGAUUUCUUUCAUCGGUGCAUGAACAGGAAGAUGGAACCAUAUUAGCAGUAUGUGCUACAGGAACAUCUAGCAAAGAUUCUCUACUGUCCUGGAUACGUUGUCUGCAAGAUGAAAAUCCAAUUCUAUCUGAAAUUCCUGUGAUCUUUACUUUAAAAGUGAAAACUUCAGACGUUAAUGCCAUAGAAAGUGGGGAAAAAGUUCAGGGCCGACUAGAAGACUCAAAAAAUCCAACUGACAAAAAAACUGAACUCUAGUCUCUUAGUAACAAUUGUAACAUUUGUAAAUAAAAUGCAAUUUUGUUCGCAUUUAAUAUAUUACCUGUACAAAUAUAUAUAUAAAAUAGUAAAAACACUUACUAUGCACUACCCAGAAAAACAUCCAAGACUUUUCAAACUAAAAAGAAGCAAUAAAAAACAUUCAUCAGCA